CAUGUAGCCAUCAUUGGAAACAUUCAUUCUGAUUUGGUGGAGCAACUGAUGAGAGUCCGAUCAAUUGAUGUGAAUCUCCGUGAUUUAAAUGGCAUGACCCCACUUGAUCUUCUCAGGCAACGGCCACGUUCUGCAUCGUCUGAUAUACUAACAAGACAGCUAAUUUCAGCUGGAGGAAUCUUCAGUUGCCAGGACUAUACUGCAAGAAAAACCAUUGCUUCCCACUUGAGAAUGAGAAGUAUUGGAAGGCCCGGCACUUCUUUCAGAAUCUCUGACACGGAAAUAUUCUUGCAUACGGGAAUUGAAAAUGCUUCGGAAGCUAGUGGUAGUGCAGGACCGAACUCAUCUACCGAUUUGAGUCAACACGACUCAACUGUUGAAAACCAUAAUGCAUCGAAUCCAACUACUCAUAAGAAACAAGCUUCUGUAAAUUAUGCAGCACAGCGUUUGAAACGCCUGCUCCAUUGGCCCAAGAUGAAAGAAAGAAAGAACGACAAGAUCAAGAAAAUGGUGGAAAGAAAUUCAGCAAGUAAUUUGGAUGAAACUCCAAUUCCACUCCGACAGAGAUUUUCAAAGCCCUCAUCGCUCCCCAACAACAAGCGAACACUUUCAGUAAGAAGUAACGUUCCGAGUCCUGCAAAGAAGAAAUUUGCUUCUGGAAUAGUUCAAGGUGUUAUGCAGGCCAUGCCACAUCUUGCUGUUCCACGUCGAUCACGUUCAAGUUCAUUCUCGAAAUCAUCAGUAUCCUCAUCCAAUUCGGAUAAACAAAAGGGUGUCUAUAAUGAGAGUGAUAUUGCAGGACCGAGUCGAAUAUCCAGUGAUGGAUCGCCAUAUUUGAUUCGCAAGCAAUGGUCAACUAAUAAGAGUUUGAUGAACCAGUACCUUUGCUUUGGUGGACCGAGCCUAUCUGUGAAAGACCAAACUGGACGGCAAGAACCAGACCAGAAUUACAAGCGUUCAGUUGUAUCAGCGGCUUGAUCGAUUAGAUGAGAAACUGAUAAAGCACGGUCCUUGCAGUAAUUUGGGAAUCAAAACAGAAGGAAGAGAGAUUGAUGCAAGUCCUCAAGUUCUGUAGGUCAGUGAGUUUCAUAGCUGCUUAAUAAAUUUUUGUGUUUACUAGAUGGUUUUGCUUGUUUAAGUUAUUUACUUUGUGUCUGAACCUAGUUUCAUGUAAUAAUUCCAUUCCAAGUCAUUUUCUCAUAGAGAAUUGUAAAAUUCUGCAUUCCUGGGUCUUUGGCUCCUGUGUUUUAAUCUGGAAUAUGUAUAUUUACCAGAAAUUAUGACUGCUAAUUUAUACUGGAAA